CAAGUGGCUCAAUGGACUCGUGCCUGAUGAUCUGGAAUAUGAAGCCUCAGAUGAGAGCCUAUCGCUUUCCAGGCCAUGAGGAUGCAGUGAUGUGUGUUCAGUUUUCACCUUCUGGUCACCUGGUGGCUUCAGGCUCUAGAGACAAAACAGUCCGUUUAUGGAUUCCCAGUAUCAAAGGAGAAUCUACUGUGUUCAAGGCUCACACAGCAACUGUAAGAUGUGUUCAUUUCUCCAGUGAUGGCCAGUCCUUAGUUACAGCUUCUGAUGACAAAACAGUCAAAGUGUGGACGGUUCACAGGCAGAAAUUUCUCUUCUCACUUAGUCAACACACAAACUGGGUUCGCUGUGCCAAAUUCUCUCCUGAUGGACAACUGAUAGCAUCAUCCAGCGAUGAUAAAACUGUCAAACUGUGGGAUAAGACCAGCAGAGAAUGCAUACAUUCCUUCUGUGAGCAUGGUGGGUCUGUCAAUCACGUGGAUUUUCACCCCAGUGGUACGUGCAUUGCUGCAGCUGGCACAGAUAGGACAGUGAACGUGUGGGACAUCAGGAUGAAUAGACUGCUUCAACAUUAUCAAGUGCACAGUGCUGUGGUAAACAGCCUUUCCUUUCACCCCUCUGGAAAAUACCUGGUUACUGCUUCCAAUGAUUCAACUCUUAAAAUUCUGGACUUGCUAGAAGGAAGACUUCUGUAUACUCUUCAUGGUCACCAGGGGCCAGCUACCUGUGUAGCGUUUUCCAGAACUGGAGACUUAUUUGCCUCUGGAGGUUCUGAUGAACAGGUGAUGGUGUGGAAGACUAACUUUGAUGCAGUAGAUGUGCUGAAAACACAGAAGAUUGGCACUAGUGUGGGUGGGGCCUGUCACACUCUGCAAUCAGAAACGGAUCGUGGUGUUCAUCUUAAGGAAACAAAAACUCAGGAUUCCGCUGGGAGCCACGAGCAACAAGAGAACUGUCUCGCGAAUACUUUGGAGCUUCUUAAGGAACAACUGCUUAUUCUGACCCAGACAGUUUCCAUCCUGGAGCAGAGGCUGACGCUCACUGAAGACAAGCUGAAGGAAUGUCUUGAGAAUCAGGAGCAGAAAAUCAUUCAGAACAAAAUGAGUUGAUUUCCUGAGAGAUGGAAGCUGAGGGCAUGGGCAGGUUGGGAGUUGUGUUCCUAACAAACUGUGUUUGACUUGCUUUAACA